UUAUAGAAAUGGGUUCAUCAUCGAUUGGUAUAUUACAAUUGGUCUUAUUGUUGCUGAUUCUUUCCAGUUCUUAUUGUUUGGAAUGGGAUGUAUCAAAUUUUCCAAAUCCAACAGCUGGUGACUAUAAACGAUGUCGUAUGCGAACAACAUCAAAUAUCUGUGAUCCGGAUGAAGUUUUGACCGAUUCACAACGAUAUCGAUUAAAUCAUGAAUUACAUCAAUUGGAAUCUCGAACUCGACAGGAUCAUGCUUCCGAUUUUUGUCAAAAAAAGGGAAUUACAGCAGCAAUGGCUAUUGUUAAACAUAUUCAAGGAAAUUCUGAUGCGGCUGUUAAAGAAAUGGCAAAUCAAAUUCUUCGAAAAUGGUCAUUAGAUAAACAAUGUCAGAAAUCAGUGGUUUUUGUGGUUGCAACAGAAGAUCAUCGAUUUUGGGUUGCACGUGAUGCACGAGUUCCUGUUUAUGCGCAAGAAUUUACUCAAAUAUUCAAUUCUCAAAAGCAACUUUUCCAACAAGGAGAUUUUCCACAAGCGUUGGGCAAUAUCAUACAGGAAACAUGGCAAAAAGCUUUAUCAAAGCAAGGUGGAGCCAUAAUACCAAGUGAUGAUAAAGGUGAUAUAGAUGAUACGGGUGGUUUCGGUCCAAGUGCCCCUUCACCAACCCGUGGUUUUAUCCCUCGACCAGAUGAUGGCAAAAAACGUGGAAGUCUUCUACCACAUAUACCAUUUUGGUUUUGGAUUAUACUUAUCGUUAUCAUUGUACCCAUACUUUGUUGUUGUUGUUGUUGUUUGUGCUACUGCUGUUGUUGUCGUAAGAAUAGUGGUACCAACAAUAGUCCACGAAGACAAGGGCCAUCCGAUAUUGAGAGUGGUGGUAGAGGACCGAUAGAUGAGGGUAGAGGUAGGUCCGGAGGUGGACGAGGCGGAGGUUUCAAUAGUUUUCUGGGAAGCCUUGGAGGUGUUGGUUUGGGUCAUUUAGCCGGUCAACUCUUAGGUGGUGGUGGUAAACGUCGUGAUGUUCCUGCUUCUCCAGGUUAUCAGGGUGGUGGUGCUUAUCCUGCAGCACCAUUCCAACCUAGUGGAGGUUAUGGUGGUAAUACUCGUGGUACCGGUACUGGUGGCAAAGGACUUUAUCCAACAGCUGCUGUGCAUGAUGAAGGUGGUGGAGGUGGAUGGUAAAUUUUGUUACCGGAUUUUGUCACCUGUCGGAAUAUCGUUACCUUUCUCGAUCAUGUGUGUGUAUGAGUUAACUAGAUUAACUUCCCGCCUUCCAAAAAGUAACGAUUUAUGUGACUUUGUGAUGAAUAUCAUAUACACAGAUCUUCGGUGCUUUUAUUUGAUCACAA